GCUAACUAAAAAGAAGUGAAGUGAAAAAGAAAAGGUCGUCUGGGUAUGCAAAAGUGUGCAAUACGCACCAAUCUGUUAGCGUGAAACAGUGAGUUAUCGUGCGCUUUUGUGUCAGGGUUGGGAGGUAGAAGAAGAAGAAGAAGAAGAGAGUUAGGGUAGAUUUAGAGAGAAGUAAAGUAGGAAUAAAUGGGCGAUCUUUAUGUUUGGCUAAUCUCCUUCUUCUUCCUUAUUGCCUUACUUGUCGUCAUCGUUUUCCAGCUUAUGUGCUUGGCUGAUUUGGAGUUCGAUUAUAUCAAUCCUUAUGACUCGUCUUCGCGGAUAAACAAAGUGAUUUUGCCUGAGUAUAUAACUGAAGGUGUUUUAUGCCUGUUUUUUCUCCUAACAGGACAUUGGUGUAUGUCACUAUUGUGUCUUCCAUACCUCUACUACAAUGUCAGGCUUUACACACGACGAAAACAUCUGGUAGAUGUGACGGAGAUAUUUAACUUAUUACACUGGGAAAAGAAGCAGCGUCUUUUUAAACUCUUCUAUCUCAUUGUUCUUCUCUUUCUCUCGAUAUUUUGGAUGAUUUUGACAGCAUUGGAAGAUCACGACUUCGAUUAGUUAGUUGCUUGCGUGCAUGCAUCAUUUGCUACUCAUAAGGAGCACCGGGCUCCAUAAACUGCUGGCUUGUAUGAAUGGAUAGGACAGAACAGGCAGCAAGAGCGGAUCGGAAGUCUUUUGUAAUUGAUAUAGUUGAUAUUCCAGGAUUAAUUAUUAGAUUUUUUCUGUUGAUUUAUAACUUAUAGUUUUGAGGUGCUAUACAAUUCUUCAAUCAUGUUUUAGGCA